AUGGAAGAGGAAAUUGCGCAAAUCGUGGAGAAGUUACUUGAGCAGAUAAGUUAUGAGAUGCAUGGCAACAAAGUGUAUUCAAUUGCAGAUAAGAACGGCAUUGGAGUGAACAAACAGAUAUUGAGGGCUAAGCUGCUAUCUGGCGACAGGAAUGCUACACAUACGGAAGUCAGGAUAAAAGUUGGAGUAAGCGAGCGCAGCAAUGGUUUGUGCAAUCGAAGCCCACUUGAUCAUACAGAGAAAGGCAUUAUGAUUUUUGAAUACAACAAUAUGUUUGUGGAAGUGAGUAUUGAUGUAGAGAACGAGCCAGUAUAUAUGUAUGGAGAGUACAUAAAGAUGAGCAGAAGCAUGACGCAAACGCCUUUGCAUAUUGGAAAAGCACUUAAGUGCAACAGGAGUGUAUCUGACUUCUGCAGGCAGCUUCAGGAGUUUUUUUGUGCUGAUAACGUCAAGUUUGUGCCAGCAGGCAGAGAGGACAUGGAUGUGCAGAUGAUUGAAGGCAGGCCGUUUCUGCUUGUAGUGAUGAAUCCCAAGAAAAGCUUGAUGUUUCGAGAUCUAGAGCUGGCUCUGUAUAAGGAGGUGGACAUUAUCAACCUUAAGGUUGUAAGGAAGGAAUGCAAAGAUGCAAUAUUCAGCGGAGAGGUGUCGUCGAAGAAGACAUAUUCGUUGUUUGUUUGCAGUAAGCACCCAAUAGAUAUACAGAAGCACUAUGAUGUUGAGCAAAUGACACCACUGAGAGUGAUGCAUCGCAGGGCAAACAUGACCCGUGAAAAGAAAAUAGAUAUUUUGACAUGGAAAAGCAUGGAGGCGAAAGGGUUGAUGUAUUAUCAGAUAGUUCUUGAGGCAAGUGCAGGAGCAUACAUCAAGGAGUUUGUGAAUGGAGACUUUGGACGAACCAGGCCAUCUCUGGGUGGCUCAAGCUAUUGUGACUUGCUUGAGCUUGAUGUGAUAAGGGUUGAAAAGCAUGACAUAGAGAAGUUUGUGGAGAGAAAUGUCUGCCUCAAAGUAGUAAGAGAGUAG